UAUUUGACCCCCUCUCAUUAAAAAAAAAAAAAAAAAAAAGAGCCAGAAAGACAUGUCCCUGCCGCAGCCGAACCAAGAACCCCAACCACCGUUUUGCCGCCGAAUUGUCCGGAUAACCGUGACGGACGCCGACGCCACUGACUCUUCCAGCGACGACGAAACGACUUCACCGAAGAAAAACCAAAAGCAACCAAAGAAGAAGCUCAUUAAUGAAAUCACAAUCGGAAUGUCGAAGAAGGAGAACGACGUAGUCGCGGGGUCGAGUCAAGGUAAGGGGAAGAGGUAUAGAGGAGUGAGACAAAGGCCGUGGGGGAGAUGGGCAGCGGAAAUUAGAGAUGGGCGAAGGAUGAGGCUCUGGUUGGGGACUUUCGAUACGGCGGAAGAAGCCGCUGUUGCUUAUGAUCAAGCGGCUCUUAAGCUGCGUGGACCCAACGCGCCUACUAACUUCAAGUUGGCUGAUUGCAAUGUUGUUCAAUGUAAAUAAUUAGCCCCUUUUAUUUUUCCUUUCGGUGUUUUUAAUGUUUUAUGCAUUAGGGAUUUAGUUUGUCUGUUUUUUUAUUUUAGUUUUCUUUUUUUUUUUUUAAUUCUGACUUAUAAUGUAAAGUUACUUAUUGGAGCAUUUGUCCUUUAUUCACUUAUUUUCUAACAUAAAUUAUUUCAUUAAAAAAACUGAA